AUGGAAAAUAACGGUGACGAUACCGUGUAUCUUCUGAACAGAAGUCAACUGGCUGCACGUCAUGCCGUUCCCAAGGAUCUACCAGAGUUCAGCGGCCAAGCCGAAGAGUGGCCAUUGUUCUUGGCCAUGUUCAACUCCUCAACGCAAAUGUGCGGCUUUUCAAAUGAAGAGAAUAUGCUCCAACCGCGGAAAUGCUUGAGAGGUGAAGCCCUGAAUAGGGUGAGAUGCGAAUUGUUACACCCGUCCAACGUGACGGCAAGCCCGAAGCGAUCAUCCAAGCGCAAAAGACUUGAGCCGGAAGCAACAACCUCCGAUUCACUCAGUUCGAUAACCCACGACGGGAAUCUCGAGCACAGUGUCAAUAUUCAUCAAGCAAGAAACAGCGGAGUAUUGUUUCGAUUCGUUCCCGUGGUUCUAUACGGACCAUCGAAAGAAGUUCAUACGUACGCAUUCGUCAACGACGGUUCCGAACUGACUCUACUGGAACAAGGCCUGGCUGAUGAGUUAGGAGUUUCUGGACAAAUAGCACCCUUGUGUUUAAAGUGGACCGGAGGCACAAAGAGAGUGGAGUGCGAGUCUCAGAAGGUCAGCAUGCAUGCAUCAGGACUUCCUAUCGAGUCGUAUUACGACACCGCUUCACGUAUACUUAUCGGUGUGGACCAUGCCAAGCUUGGUCACGUAACGAAGAGUCGCAAAGGUAAAACAAAGGAGCCUGUCGCGGUCAAGACAUGCCUAGGUUGGUGUGUUUAUGGAUACAUCGAACAAAGUUCAUCCAGCACCAGUGUUGUCAACCAUCAUAUGCUAGACAUUUACCCCUGUAACCAAGAAAAUUGUGAAUAUUUACACAAAGCCAUGAAGGAAUACUUUCCUCUUGAUAGUAUGGGCGCGGUUAAACCUGAAAAGUUUCUCGUGUCCACAGAAGAUGCACGGGCACUGCAAAUGCUGGACACACUAACGCCUCGGAAAGGGGAUAGAUAUGAAUCAGGUCUUUUGUGGAAAUACGACGGGGUGCGCCCUCCGAACAAUAAAACUAUGGCGCUAAAGCACUGGGAGUGCCUGGAACAUCGAAUGCAAAACGACCUGGCUUUGGCUGAAGUCUUAAAUACGAAGAUCGCGAACUACAUCAGCAAAGGAUAUAUACGGAAGCUUACCGACGCCGAACUCACGAUCAAGCAUCCCAGAAUUUGGUAUCUACCGGUGUUCCUGUUGUUAACCCGAAUAAGCCUGCUAAGACAAGGCUGCGUGCUGAUACAGUUUAGAGAACACCGGAUAACAGUUUGCGGCAACCUGAGGGGAAUGUACACCCAAGUACUGAUGCGAGAAGAGGAGCAACAUAGCCAACGGUUCUUCUGGGGACGCGAAGAGAGUUUAGCUAAACCUACUGUCUACGUCAUGCAGGUGAUGACGUUUGGGGCUUGUUGUUCACCAAGCACAGCCCAGUACGUGAAAAACAGACACGCCAAGUUAUACGCAAACAAGUUUCCGGCUUCCGUUCAUGCGAUAGUCAAGCAGCACUACGUCGACGAUAUGAUCAUCAGCGUAGAAACCGAAGAGGAAGCGAUUUCGAUCGUCAGCGACGUUAAGAUGAUUCAGCUUCGAGAUGAGAAAUUAGCUGUCGAAUUCACCUACGAGAAAAUCCUUGGAAUGUGGUGGGACACAGAGAAAGACUGUUUUACUUUCAAGCUCUCUACUAAAUGCUCAGAAGAUCUAUUAUCUGGCCGACGACGACCAACCAAGCGAGAAGCUCUUCGAAUGCUGAUGCUGAUGUACGACCCGUGUGGAUUUAUCGCACACUUCCUGAUUUACCUCAAGGUCUUGCUGCAGGAUAUCUGGCGCUCUGGAAUUGGCUGGAACGAUAAAAUCGGAGAAAAUGACUUUGAAAAGUGUUUGCUGUGGGUGAAAGUCCUGCCUAAGAUAGAAGACGUUGAAAUUCCAAGAUGCUUCCGGAACCUGACCACAGUUGACGUCGAGAUACAACUACACACAUUCAUCGAUGCAAGUGAGAAUGGGUUUGCAGCUGCGGUUUAUCUACGAUUCUGCGAAGGAACUAAAAUAGAAUGUGCACUUGUGGCCGCCAAGACAAGAGUGGCUCCACUUCGUUUCCUGUCUAUUCCUCGAGCCGAACUCCAAGCAGCUGUUCUCGGAGUUCGACUAACAAAUGCCGUUCAAAGCGCUCUGAGCCUCAAAGUGAGACGGCGAUUCUUUUACACUGACGCCAGAGAUGUGUGCUCUGACUUAGGCAGCAAAUGGAAAGGUUUCCCGGAUCUCAGCCCUCAGGGCCCAUGGUUUCAUGGAUCCUCGUUUCUGUCGACAUACGAAGAAGAGUGGCCUAUAACGUCGCAGCGGUAUGAAACAACAGAUGAAGAACUUCGCCCUCACCUGCUCACACACAUCGUUGCACCGGAACCGUUGAUUGCGCCAGAGAAAUAUUCAAACUGGAUGACGUUACUACGCCGAACGGCAAUGUUCACUCGACAGGCUUUCAACUGGAGACGACUGGCAAAAAAGGAGCAACCACUCAGUGUACCGCUGACCCACGAUGAACUGAAGAAAACCGAAAAUUAUCUAUAUCGCAUAGCUCAAGCCGACGCGUCGCCGUUACUGUAG